CAAAGCCGACAGCAAUUUGCUCUCUCAUCUCUUGUUUCAGCAUAAAAUGCUAUGCUGCCUAGAUGGCCGUGGGCAGCCUUAAUGUCGGAUUCCAGGCCUCAGGCGUGGUUUAUGUAAACGCCCCAUCCCAACGAGUGAUGAGAAAAAACAAAAAGCUCUUCUAAAUCAUACCACCAUCUGUGCGCGUCAUUACCGACAAAUCUAGCGAAAGGAACAAGAUGGUUUAUAAAGGGCCCAGCAAAGGAUGUCACUCGUGUCGGAAACGACGUGUCAAGUGCGAUGAGAAACGGCCUCACUGCGGCAAUUGCGUCAAGAGAAAACAGCAAUGCCCGGGUUAUCGGGACUUCUUCGACGCUGUCCAUAAAGACGAGACUUUCCUCACCUCCCAUAAAAGCGCCCCGAAACGACAGAAGAAGGUACACAGUCCCGCCAGCGAUUCUUCGGACAGCUCUCUCAGUCUCCUCAGCGCACCAUCGCCGAAUUAUGUCGACCGUGCCCUUGACAUUGCGCUCUUCACCACACCGUCUCGGAAUAUCGAGAUGGAAUCAUUGGGUUACUUCUUUACCAACUAUGUCAACAUCCCCCGGGAUCCGAGUACCAACAUCUUCAUCGAACACAUCCUUCCCAUCUACCUCAACACAGCGCCCAACUCCGCGUUGGCUGAAGCUAUCAAUGCCGUCGCCAUCAACAUCACGUCAAUGUGGAUGUCCCGAUAUGUGGACUCUUAUCGUGCCCGGGAAGCAUACGCAAAGGCCGUGACUAUCCUCAAGUCCUUGCUGCAAGAUCCCGUCGAAUCCAAAACGGAUGAGACCCUCGCUACUGUGUUCAUGCUGGACUUUUAUGACUCCCUCAAUCGACGCUUCGUACACUUCGUCGACACCGGUACCCAUCAGCAAGGUGCGGUGGCCUUGCUCAAGCACAGGGGGAGAGAUGGCUUCAAGACUCCGCUGUCUCAACGGCUCUUCAAUGCUAUGAGAAGCCGUCACAUCAAUUAUUCAUUGCAGUUCGGGAAAAGGGUGGCGCUGGAUCCAGAACUCCUAACGUGCGAUACUGCAGUUCUCCCUUCUGCAAAGCUGGACCUUUUGAACGUGGAGCUCGCAGAUUUGCUUGUGUUGGCUCGAGACGGUCCCGAACUCGCCGGCCUCAGCUUAGCCGACUUCUACCGGGUCAUUUUGGACAGGGCGCUUGCCCUCGAGAAGAGACUGCAAGCUUGGAUGGAUGCCCUUCCCAAAUCAUGGCGACCGGUAUCGAUCCCAGCGUCCGAACUCCAUCCCUCCAUACGUGACGCUGGGGUUUACGAAGGCAUGUGCGACGUAUAUUCCUCGCUCGCAGUCUCUCAUGUCAAUAAUGCUGCUCGGAGCUCGCAGAUUGGAACAAUCCGUCUGAUAACAGUCUGCGCGAAUGGCCUGAAGGACCUCGGUCUUGCCGUUGACCCCGAGGUCGAGCCAUAUAUUGACCGGCAGAUUCAAGAGCUUGUCGACCGGUUCUGCGCCUCGGUGCCGUUCCAUCUAGGCAACAGAACAAGGCCCGCAUUCCCCGAUGAGCACAGAGAAUACCCUCAGAUUCCCGCGGAGCUUCGGCGGCUGGCGAAUUACGUUGACCCGUUCGGAAACGAGGUCGAGAUGACUAUGGAAGACCAUGUGCGCGCCGCCGCGGCUAUAGGUGGCUGGUUCAUCAUGGUGCCUCUCGCAGGGUUUCUCAGGGCUCGAGCCAUGGGAAUAUCGAAGACACCGCCGGGGCCACUGGUGGGAAAACUCAGAAAGGGUCAGGCUGCCUGGGUCCGUGGCCAAAUGGAACGGAUCCAGAAGAUCUAUUUGUUUCCGACCAACGGGAGCCCGACUGAGCAUGACUGGAAGUGUAUCCUCAAGCAGUUCUGCGAUGCUCAUGGUACUGGCCAUAAUUUGUUUCAACCGUUGUCUUUCAAUCAGAGAAUGUGGACGACUUGAGGGGCACGGCAUAAAUUUUCACGCUUUGGGGCUCUCGAACGGCGGGAAAGACGGAGGUUUGCCAUGUGAACUCUCUGGGUUCGGAAGGCAUGGCAUUAUUAAAUUCUCACCACGUUAAUGCGAGAUGAAGCACGACAUGUUUUUCGUACUGUAGGGCUACAACAUUCAUGGAUGAAUGCCUACGGCUGGCGCUAAUGGCAGCGAGCACGAGGAUAGACCGUAAGUGUACAGUGUCUUCUUCGUAUUCCUGAGCUGAAGCGCACUUCGGACGGCUUGAUCAUUGCCUUAUUCUCGUAUGCGUAGUUUGGC